UACAGAUGCUCAUCUGAUCUGGGAGCUGAGACGGGGGGACUCGCGUGUUGCAGCCGUGAAGCCCUCAGUUCGGCAGAGAUCAUCUCAACUUUGGUCUGUUGGAACGACCCACUCGUGACAGUCAAAAUUGCAGGGCCACAGAACUGCUGGUGGUCAGCUCUGCCGUGAUACUGUGGGAGGCUCCGGGACCCAGGCUCUGCGAGGCUGCGUAUUGACUCUUCUUCAUUCUCAGCGACAAGAACAACAAAAGCCUCGUGGAUCUGCCAACGGUCUUCGCUCCUGUUGCUGGAACUCUGUUCCCGGGCUGCUGGGUCUUCCGCCGCUGCUCCGCUGCGCCCCCUUCAGUCCGCUGGCCAGCGUUAUCCUGAGUCCUGCGCAUCUGACCUCUUGCUGCCAGGAUGGGCAAACAGAACAGCAAGCUGCGCCCGGAGGUCAUGCAGGACCUGCUGGAGAGCACGGACUUCACGGAGCACGAGAUCCAGGAGUGGUACAAGGGCUUCCUGAGGGACUGCCCCAGUGGGCACCUGUCGAUGGAGGAGUUCAAGAGAAUUUACGGGAACUUCUUCCCUUACGGAGACGCGUCCAAGUUCGCAGAGCACGUCUUCCGCACCUUCGAUGCCAAUGGAGAUGGGACAAUAGACUUUAGGGAGUUCAUCAUCGCCCUGAGUGUGACAUCGAGGGGCAAGCUGGAGCAGAAGCUGAAGUGGGCCUUCAGCAUGUACGACCUGGACGGAAACGGCUACAUCAGCAAGGCGGAAAUGCUGGAGAUCGUGCAGGCCAUCUAUAAGAUGGUUUCCUCCGUGAUGAAAAUGCCUGAGGAUGAGUCAACCCCAGAGAAAAGAACCGAGAAGAUCUUCCGCCAAAUGGACACCAACAGAGAUGGCAAACUCUCCCUGGAAGAGUUCAUCCGAGGGGCCAAGAGCGACCCGUCCAUAGUGCGCCUCCUGCAGUGCGACCCCAGCAGCGCCGGCCAGUUCUGAGCUGCACCCGCGAGUGCAGAGCUGCUUGUGUUCCCCUCGAUGUUUCUUUUCCAAUUU